AUGUCGGACGGCGGGGGGACGGAGGAGAACUCCGGCACCAUGGAGGUGUCGGCCGUCCAGACGGUCGCGGACACCUCGGUGUUGCAGAAGCACAUCAGGAAACUGGUGCCGCUGCUGCUGGAAGAUGGCGGCGAGGCCCCGGCCUCACUGGAAACCGCCCUGGAGGAGAAGAGCGCCGUGGAGCAGAUGAGGAAAUUCCUGGCCGAUCCCCAGCUCCACACCAUUCUGGUGGAGAGAAGUGCUCUCAAAGAGGAUGUUGGCGAUGAGGGAGAGGAGGAGAAGGAGAGCAUCACCUACAACAUCAGCAUUGACAUACACUACGGAAUCAAGUCAAACAGCUUGGCUUUAAUCAAGAGGACAGGUGUCAUCGACGCAGACAAACCCAUAUCAACCCAAGUCCGAGUUCUGACUCUGAGUGAAGACUCUCCCUAUGAGACACUUCACUCAUUCAUCAGCAACGCUGUUGCUCCUUUCUUCAAGUCCUACAUUCGCGAGUCUGGAAAGGCAGAUAGGGAUGGAGAUAAGAUGGCGCCGUCUGUUGAGAAGAAGAUUGCUGAGCUGGAGAUGGGCCUUCUCCACCUGCAGCAGAACAUUGAGAUUCCUGAGAUCAGCCUGCUCAUCCACCCCAUCAUCGCAAACAUUGCCAAGCAGUGCUACGAGCGCGGGGAGAAGCCCAAGGUCACGGAUUUUGGAGACAAAGUGGAAGACCCAACCUUCCUCAACCAGCUGCAGUCUGGAGUUAACCGCUGGAUCAGAGAGAUCCAGAAAGUGACAAAGCUGGACCGAGACCCAGCUUCAGGCACGGCCUUGCAGGAGAUCAGCUUCUGGCUGAAUCUGGAGCGGGCUCUCAACAGGAUUCAAGAGAAAAGAGAAAGUCCUGAGGUCCUGCUCACCCUGGACAUCCUCAAACACGGCAAACGUUUCCACGCUACAGUCAGCUUCGACACAGACACUGGUCUGAAACAGGCUGUGGAGACUGUCAAUGACUACAAUCCUCUGAUGAAGGACUUCCCUCUUAAUGACCUCCUCUCCGCCUCGGAACUCGACAAGAUCCGUCAAGCCCUGAUGGCCAUUUUUACUCACCUGAAAAAAAUCCGGAACACAAAAUAUCCCAUCCAGAGAGCACUGCGCCUGGUGGAAGCCAUCUCCAGAGACUUGAGCUCCCAGCUGCUCAAAGUGUUGGGCACCAGGAAGCUCAUGCACGUUGCCUAUGAAGAGUUUGAAAAGGUCAUGGUGGCUUGUUUCGAGGUCUUCCAGACCUGGGAGGAUGAGUAUGAGAAGCUGCAGGUGCUUCUGAGGGACAUUGUGAAGAGGAAGCGAGAGGAGAACCUGAAGAUGGUGUGGCGCCUGAGCCCCGCCCACAGGAAGCUGCAGUCCCGACUGGACCACAUGAGGCGCUUCAGACGGCAGCACGAGCAGCUGAGAGCUGUCAUCGUGCGUGUGCUCAGGCCUCAGGUGUCUGCAGUGCCACAGCACGCCCCCGGAGAGACCGUCGAGCCUCAGGACAUGAAAGUAGCUGGGGUCCUGUUUGACGCAGCCGAUGCCAACGCCAUUGAAGAGGUCAAUCUGGCGUAUGAGAACGUCAAAGAGGUCGACGGCCUGGACGUGUCGAAGGAAGGCAUGGAGGCCUGGGAGGCCGCCAUGAAGCGCUACGACGAGCGCAUCGACCGCGUGGAGACCCGCAUCACCGCCCGCCUGCGAGACCAGCUGGGAACGGCCAAGAACGCCAACGAGAUGUUCCGCAUCUUCUCCCGCUUCAACGCGCUCUUCGUGCGCCCCCACAUCCGCGGAGCCAUCCGGGAGUACCAGACGCAGCUCAUCCAGCGCGUGAAGGACGACAUCGAGUCCCUGCACGACAAGUUCAAAGUGCAGUACCCGCAGAGCCAGGCCUGCAAGAUGAGUCACGUCCGGGACCUGCCGCCUGUGUCCGGCUCCAUCAUAUGGGCCAAGCAGAUCGACCGGCAGCUGACCGCCUACAUGAAGAGGGUGGAGGAUGUUCUCGGAAAAGGCUGGGAAAACCACGUGGAGGGACUGAAGCUGAAGCAGGACGGAGACAGCUUCAGGGCUAAGCUCAACACUCAGGAGAUAUUCGACGACUGGGCUCGCAAGGUGCAGCAGCGUAAUCUCGGCGUCUCCGGACGCAUCUUCACCAUCGAGAGCACUCGCGCCCGCGGACGCACAGGAAACAUGCUCAAGCUCAAAGUCAACUUCCUCCCAGAGAUCAUCACCUUGUCCAAAGAGGUCCGCAACCUCAAGUGGCUGAGCUUCCGCGUCCCUCUGGCCAUCGUCAACAAAGCCCACCAGGCCAAUCAGCUGUAUCCGUUUGCCAUCUCUCUGAUUGAGAGCGUGCGCACCUAUGAGCGCACCUGCGAGAAGGUGGAGGAAAGGUCCUCCAUCUCUCUGCUGGUGGCUGGGCUCAAGAAGGAGGUCCAGGCUCUCGUCACAGAAGGCAUCACCUUAGUCUGGGAGUCCUACAAACUGGAUCCUUAUGUUCAGAGACUGGCGGAGACCGUCUUCAACUUCCAAGAGAAGGUGGAUGACCUCUUACUGAUUGAAGAGAAAAUCGACCUGGAGGUCCGGUCUCUGGAGACCUGCAUGUUUGACCACAAGACCUUCUCGGACAUUCUUAACCGCGUCCAGAAAGCUGUGGACGACCUCAAUCUGCACUCAUACUCCAACUUGCCCAUCUGGGUCAACAAGCUGGACAUUGAGAUCGAGCGCAUCCUGGGAGUACGCCUGCAGGCUGGUCUGAAGGCUUGGACUCAGGUGUUGCGUGGCCAGGUGGAAGACAAAGCAGAUGUGGACAUGGACACAGAGGCUCCUCAAGUCAGCCACAAACCUGGAGGAGAGCCCAAGAUCAAGAAUGUAGUCCAUGAGCUGAGGAUUACAAACCAGGUGAUCUACUUGAACCCACCAAUUGAAGACUGCCGCUACAAACUCUACCAGGAGAUGUUUUCUUGGAAGAUGGUCAUCCUUUCACUCCCCAGGAUCCAGAGCCAGAGAUACCAGGUGGGGGUCCACUACGAGCUCUCAGAGGAGGAGAAGUUUUACCGCAAUGCCCUGACCAGGAUGCCUGACGGCCCUGCAGCCUUGGAGGAAGCCUACAAUGCAGUGGAAGACAUUGUGAAUGAGGUGGAGCAGUACGUGAAGGUGUGGCUGCAGUACCAGUGCUUGUGGGACAUGCAGGCAGAAAACAUCUACAACCGUCUGGGUGAAGAUCUCACCAAGUGGCAAGCCCUGCUGGUGCAAAUCCGCAAAGCUCGAGGGACCUUCGACAAUGCCGAGACCCGGAAAGAGUUUGGACCUGCGGUCAUCGAUUAUGGCAAGGUCCAGUCGAAGGUGAACUUGAAAUACGACUCUUGGCACAAAGAAGUCCUCAGCAAAUUUGGCCAGAUGCUUGGUCAGAACAUGCAGGACUUCCAUGCACAGAUCUCCAAGUCUCGUCAAGAUCUUGAACAGCACUCUGUGGACACGGCGAGCACCUCUGACGCCGUCAACUUCAUCACAUACGUCCAAACCCUCAAACGCAAGAUCAAGCAGUUUGAGAAAAAUGUGGACUUGUUCCGUAAUGGACAGCGCCUGCUGGAGAAGCAGAGGUUCCAGUUCCCUCCCUCUUGGCUCUACAUUGACAACAUCGAAGGCGAAUGGGGCGCGUUCAGCGACAUAAUGAAGCGCAAAGACACGGCUAUACAGCAGCAGGUGGCCAACCUGCAGAUGAAGAUUGUCCAAGAGGACAAAGCUGUGGAGAACCGCACCACAGACCUGCUCAAUGACUGGGAGAAGACCAAACCAGUCGCUGGUAACCUGCGUCCAGAGGAGGCCCUUCAGUCUCUCACCAUCUACGAGGGCAACUUCGGCCGACUCAAGGUUGAAAGAGAGAAAUGUGCCCGAGCCAAGGAAGCCCUGGAGCUCACCGACACCGGUCUGCUCAGUGGCAGCGAGGAGAGGGUGCAGGUGGCGCUGGAGGAGCUUCAUGACCUGAAGGAGGUGUGGUCUGAGCUGUCAAAGGUCUGGGAGCAGAUUGACCAGAUGAAAGAGCAGCCCUGGGUCUCUGUUCAGCCUCGCAAGCUUCGCCAGAGUCUGGAUGCUCUGCUGAACCAGCUGAAGAACUUCCAAGCAAGACUGAGACAGUAUGCGUCCUAUGAGUACGUGCAGAGGCUUCUCAAAGGAUACCUGAAGGUGAACAUGUUGGUGAUUGAGCUGAAAUCGGAGGCCCUGAAGGAUCGCCACUGGAAGCAGCUGAUGAAGCGCCUGCAUGUGAACUGGGUCUUGUCGGAGCUGACCCUCGGUCAGAUCUGGGACGUCGACCUGCAGAAGAACGAGAUGGUCGUGAAGGACGUUCUCCUGGUGGCCCAGGGUGAGAUGGCUCUGGAGGAGUUCCUGAAACAGAUCCGAGAAGUGUGGAACUCGUAUGAGCUCGACUUGGUGAACUACCAGAACAAGUGCCGCCUGAUCCGAGGCUGGGACGACCUCUUCAACAAGGUCAAGGAGCACAUCAACAGUGUGUCUGCCAUGAAGCUGUCUCCUUACUACAAGGUGUUUGAAGAAGAUGCGCUGAGCUGGGAAGACAAGCUGAAUCGCAUCAUGGCUCUGUUCGAUGUUUGGAUCGAUGUCCAGCGUCGCUGGGUGUAUCUGGAGGGCAUUUUCACAGGCAGCGCCGACAUCAAACAUCUGCUGCCCGUUGAAACCCAACGAUUCCAGAGUAUCAGCACAGAGUUCUUGGCAUUGAUGAAGAAGGUGACAAAGUCACCUUUAGUCAUGGAUGUGCUGAACAUUCAGGGAGUGCAGAGAUCCCUGGAGCGACUGGCCGACCUUCUGGGUAAAAUCCAGAAAGCUCUUGGAGAAUAUCUGGAGAGAGAAAGGUCCUCCUUCCCCAGGUUUUACUUUGUGGGAGACGAGGACUUGCUCGAGAUCAUCGGCAACAGCAAGAACGUGGCCAAACUCCAGAAGCACUUCAAGAAGAUGUUCGCCGGCGUCGCCAGCAUCCUUCUCAACGAGGACAACACCGAGGUGCUGGGGAUCUCCUCCCGUGAAGGCGAGGAGAUUCUCUACAAGACGCCCGUCUCCAUCACGCAACACCCGAAGAUCAACGAGUGGCUCACUCUGGUGGAGAAGGAGAUGAGGGUGACGUUGGCCAAGCUGCUGGCCGAGUCCGUCACCGAGGUCUCGGCCUUCAACAAGGGCACAGCCGUGGACCUGAGCCAGUACAUCAACUGGAUCGAUCGCUAUCAGGCCCAGCUCGUGGUUCUGUCCACCCAGAUCGCCUGGUCUGAGAACGUCGAAACCGCCCUGACGACCAUCUCCGGCAGUGGGGACAUGAAGCCCAUGCAGGCGGUGCAGUCCAACGUGGAGGCCACUCUCAACGUGUUGGCUGACACCGUGCUCAUGGAGCAGCCGCCGCUUCGCAGGAGGAAACUGGAGCAUCUGAUCACUGAGCUGGUGCACCAGCGUGACGUGACCAGGACUCUGAUCAAGAACAAGAUCGACAACCCCAAGUCCUUCGAGUGGCUCAGCCAGAUGCGCUUCUACUUCGACCCCAAGCAGACGGACGUCCUCCAGCAGCUGUCUAUCCAGAUGGCCAACGCCAAGUUCAACUACGGCUUUGAAUACCUGGGUGUCCAGGACAAGCUCGUCCAGACUCCGCUGACGGAUCGUUGCUAUCUGACCAUGACCCAGGCUCUGGAGGCUCGCCUUGGAGGAUCGCCAUUCGGUCCUGCUGGCACAGGGAAGACUGAGUCUGUGAAAGCCCUCGGCCACCAGCUCGGUCGCUUUGUCCUGGUCUUCAACUGUGACGAGACCUUCGACUUCCAGGCCAUGGGUCGUAUCUUCGUGGGUCUGUGCCAGGUCGGAGCCUGGGGCUGCUUUGACGAGUUCAACCGUCUGGAGGAGAGAAUGCUGUCGGCCGUUUCUCAGCAGGUCCAGUACAUCCAGGUGGCCUUGAGAGAGCACAGCAACCCCAACAGAGACAGGAGCGUGCCCGUAACCACAGAGCUCCUGAACAAGCAGGUGAAGGUGAGCCCAGACAUGGCCAUCUUCAUCACCAUGAACCCCGGCUACGCCGGCCGUUCCAACCUGCCCGACAAUCUGAAGAAGCUGUUCCGCAGCUUGGCCAUGACGAAGCCCGACCGCCAGCUCAUCGCACAGGUCAUGCUUUACUCCCAAGGUUUCCGAACCGCCGAGAUCCUUGCCAAGAAGAUCGUGCCAUUCUUCAAGCUGUGCGACGAACAGCUGUCGUCUCAGAGUCAUUACGACUUCGGGCUCCGAGCACUCAAGAGCGUGCUGAUCAGUGCCGGCAACGUCAAGCGCGAGCGCAUCCAGAGAAUCAAACGGGAGAAGCUUGAGCGGGGAGAGGACGUCGAUGAGAAUGACAUAGCUGAGAACCUUCCUGAACAGGAGAUUUUGAUCCAGAGUGUUUGUGAGACCAUGGUCCCCAAGCUGGUGGCGGAGGACAUCCCCCUGCUGUUCAGCCUGCUGUCAGACGUCUUCCCCGGAGUUCAGUACCACCGUGGAGAGAUGACCGCUCUGAGAGAGGAGCUGAAGAAGGUCUGCGGGGAGAUGUACCUCACCUACGGCGACGGCGACGACGUGGGCAGCAUGUGGGUGGAGAAGGUGCUCCAGCUGUACCAGAUCACACAGAUCAACCACGGUCUGAUGAUGGUGGGACCCUCAGGCAGUGGGAAGACCAUGGCGUGGAGGGUGCUGCUCAAAGCCCUGGAGAGGCUGGAAGGGGUUGAGGGCGUGGCCCACAUCAUCGACCCCAAAGCCAUCAGCAAAGACCACCUGUAUGGAACCCUGGACCCCAAUACUCGAGAAUGGACUGACGGAUUGUUCACGCACAUCCUCAGAAAGAUCAUUGACAAUGUCCGAGGAGAACUGCAGAAACGUCAGUGGAUCAUUUUCGACGGCGACGUCGACCCGGAAUGGGUUGAAAAUCUCAACUCUGUCCUGGACGACAACAAGUUGCUCACUCUGCCCAACGGAGAGCGUCUCAGCUUGCCACCAAAUGUGCGCGUCAUGUUUGAAGUGCAGGACCUGAAGUAUGCUACGCUCGCCACCGUGUCCCGCUGUGGCAUGGUCUGGUUCAGCGAGGACGUCCUCAGUACCGACAUGAUCUUCAACAACUUCCUGGCUCGCAUUCGCAGCAUCCCGCUUGACGAGGGUGAGGAUGAGGCUCAGCGCAAGCGGAAGGGCACAGAGGACGAGGAGGAGGCUGCUUCUCCGAUGCUGCAGAUCCAGAGGGAUGCUGCUGCGGUCCUGCAGCCGUACUUCACCUCCACAGGGCUGGUGAUCAAGGCCUUGGAGCAUGCCUCAAAGAUGGAGCACAUCAUGGAUUUCACCCGCCUGCGCUGUAUGGGUUCUCUGUUCUCAAUGCUGCACCAGGCCUGUCGCAACGUGGCUCUGUACAACAACAACCACCCCGACUUCCCGAUGCCCAUCGACCAGCUGGAGAAGUAUAUGCAGAAAUAUUUGAUCUACGCCGUGCUGUGGUCCUUCUCUGGUGAUGGACGCUUGAAGAUGAGGGCGGAGCUGGGAGAAUACAUCCGUCGCAUCACCACUGUGCCCCUCCCCUCUGCGCCCAACGUUCCCAUCAUUGACUAUGAGGUCUGCAUCUCUGGUGAGUGGCAGUCCUGGCAGGGCAAGGUGCCUCAGAUCGAGGUGGAGACCCACAAAGUGGCAUCCCCAGACGUGGUGGUUCCUACUCUGGACACCGUCCGCCAUGAGGCUUUGCUUUACACCUGGCUGGCAGAGCAUAAGCCACUGGUACUGUGUGGACCUCCUGGAUCUGGAAAGACCAUGACUCUGUUCAGUGCUCUCAGGGCGCUUCCCGAUAUGGAGGUCGUUGGUCUGAACUUCUCUAGCGCCACCACUCCAGAGCUGCUGCUGAAGACCUUUGACCACUACUGCGAGUAUCGCCGUACCCCCAACGGCGUGGUCCUCGCCCCCGUGCAGCUGGGCAAGUGGUUGGUGUUGUUCUGCGACGAGAUCAAUCUUCCCGACAUGGACAAGUACGGCACACAGAGGGUCAUCUCCUUCAUCAGACAGAUGGUGGAACACGGUGGUUUCUACCGCACCUCAGACCAGACUUGGGUCAAACUGGAGAGGAUCCAGUUUGUUGGAGCCUGUAAUCCUCCAACUGAUCCAGGCAGGAAGCCUCUCACACACAGAUUCCUGCGGCACGUUCCUGUGGUGUAUGUGGACUAUCCAGGCCCGGCCUCUCUCACUCAGAUCUAUGGAACCUUCAACCGCGCCAUGCUGCGCCUCAUCCCGUCUCUGAGAACCUACGCUGAGCCACUCACGGCCGCCAUGGUCGAGUUCUACACCAUGUCUCAGGAGCGGUUCACUCAAGACAUUCAGCCUCACUACAUCUACUCUCCCAGAGAGAUGACCCGCUGGGUGAGGGGUAUUUUUGAGGCCCUGCGACCCCUCGAGACUCUCCCCGUGGAAGGACUGAUCCGUAUCUGGGCCCAUGAGGCUCUCCGACUCUUCCAGGACAGACUGGUGGGCGAUGAAGAGAGGAGGUGGACCGACGAAAACAUCGACACAGUCGCUCUCAAACACUUCCCCAACAUUGACAAAGACAAAGCUCUGAACAGACCCAUCCUCUACAGCAACUGGCUUUCUAAGGACUACAUCCCAGUGGAACAGGAGGAACUGAGGGACUAUGUGAAGGCCCGUCUGAAGGUUUUCUAUGAGGAGGAGCUGGAUGUCCCUCUGGUGCUCUUCAAUGAAGUGCUGGACCACGUCCUGCGGAUUGACAGAAUCUUCCGUCAGCCUCAAGGCCAUCUCCUGCUAAUUGGAGUUAGCGGAGCAGGAAAAACCACUCUGUCUCGAUUUGUGGCCUGGAUGAACGGACUGAGCGUCUACCAGAUCAAGGUCCACCGGAAAUACACCGGGGAGGACUUUGACGAAGACCUCCGUACAGUGCUGCGUCGCUCAGGUUGCAAGAAUGAGAAGAUCGCCUUCAUCAUGGAUGAAUCCAAUGUGCUGGAUUCUGGUUUCCUGGAGAGAAUGAACACCCUGCUGGCCAAUGGAGAGGUUCCUGGUCUUUUUGAGGGCGAUGAAUACGCCACUCUCAUGACUCAGUGUAAGGAGGGAGCCCAGAAAGAGGGCCUGAUGCUGGACACCCAUGAGGAGCUGUACAAGUGGUUUACCAGCCAGGUCAUCAGGAACCUCCACGUCGUGUUCACCAUGAACCCCUCCUCCGAGGGUCUGAAAGACAGGGCCGCCACCUCUCCUGCCCUCUUCAACAGGUGUGUGUUGAACUGGUUUGGAGACUGGUCCACCGAGGCUCUGUAUCAGGUGGGCAAAGAGUUCACCAGCAAGAUGGAUCUGGAGAAGCCCAACUACAAGGUGCCAGACUACAUGCCCAUCGUCUACGACAAGCUGCCCCAGCCGCCGUCCCACCGCGAAGCCAUCGUCAACGGCUGCGUGUUCGUACACCAGACUCUUCACCAGGCAAACAACCGUCUGGCCAAGCGCGGCGGACACACCAUGGCCAUCACUCCUCGCCACUACCUGGACUUCAUCAACCAGUAUGCGAACCUGUUCAAUGAGAAACGCAGCGAGCUGGAAGAGCAGCAGAUGCACCUCAACGUCGGUCUUCGCAAGAUCAAAGAGACUGUCGAUCAGGUGGAAGAACUUCGUCGUGACUUGAGAAUUAAGAGCCAGGAGCUGGAGGCAAAGAACGCCGCCGCCAACGACAAGCUGAAGAAGAUGGUCAAAGACCAGCAGGAGGCUGAAAAGAAAAAGGUGAUGAGCCAGGAGAUCCAGGAGGCCGUGUACAAGCAGCAGGAGGUGAUCAAGGACAAACAGCUGAGCGUCAAAGAGGACCUGGAUCAGGUGGAGCCGGCCGUCAUCGAGGCUCAGAAUGCUGUUAAGUCCAUUAAGAAGCAGCACCUGGUGGAGGUGCGUUCCAUGGCCAAUCCGCCCGCGGCCGUCAAGCUGGCCCUGGAGUCCAUCUGCUUGCUCCUGGGAGAGAGCACCACGGACUGGAAGCAGAUCCGAUCCAUCAUCAUGAGGGAGAACUUCAUUCCCACCAUUGUUAACUUCUCUGCCGAGGAGAUCAGUGAUUCCAUCCGUGAGAAGAUGAAGAAGAACUACCUGUCCAACCCAAGCUACAACUAUGACCAAGUGAACAGAGCUUCGCUGGCCUGUGGACCUAUGGUGAAAUGGGCUAUCGCUCAGCUGAAUUAUGCCGACAUGCUCAAGCGUGUGGAGCCUCUGCGUAACGAGCUGCAGAAGCUCGAAGACGACGCCAAGGACAACAAGACGAAGGCGGAGGAGGUGGAGCAGAUGAUCCGAGACCUGGAGGCCAGCAUCGCCCGCUACAAGGAGGAGUACGCCGUCCUCAUCUCAGAGGCCCAGGCCAUCAAGGCCGACCUGGCCGCCGUCGAAGCCAAGGUGAACCGCAGCACGGCCCUGCUGAAGAGUCUGUCAGCCGAGAGGGAGCGCUGGGAGAAGACCAGCGAGACCUUCAAGAACCAGAUGUCCACCAUCGCCGGAGACUGUCUGCUCUCCGCGGCGUUCAUCACCUACGCCGGCUACUUCGAACAACAGAUGAGACAGAACCUGUUCACCACGUGGUCCCAUCACCUGCAGCAGGCCAACAUCCAGUUCCGUACUGACAUCGCCAGAACUGAAUACCUGUCCAACGCCGACGAGCGGCUCCGCUGGCAAGCCAACUCUCUCCCUGCAGACGACCUCUGCACUGAAAAUGCCAUCAUGCUGAAGCGGUUCAACAGAUAUCCACUGAUCAUCGACCCGUCAGGCCAGGCCACAGAGUUCAUCAUGAACGAGUACAAAGAUCGCAAGAUCACCAGAACCAGCUUCCUGGAUGACGCCUUCAGGAAGAACCUGGAGAGUGCUUUGCGUUUUGGAAACCCACUGCUGGUGCAGGACGUGGAAAGCUACGACCCCAUCCUGAACCCAGUGCUGAACAGAGAGGUUCGCAGGACCGGAGGACGUGUCCUCAUCACCCUCGGGGACCAGGACAUCGAUCUGUCGCCUUCAUUCGUCAUCUUCCUCUCCACCAGAGACCCAACUGUCGAGUUCCCUCCAGACUUGUGCUCUCGAGUGACGUUUGUCAACUUCACCGUGACGCGCAGCAGUCUUCAGAGCCAGUGUCUCAACGAGGUCCUCAAGGCUGAGAGGCCCGACGUGGACGAGAAACGCUCCGACCUCCUCAAACUGCAGGGCGAGUUCCAGCUGCGUCUGCGUCAGCUGGAAAAGUCCCUCCUGCAGGCCCUGAACGAGGUCAAGGGUCGCAUCCUCGAUGACGACACCAUCAUCACCACCCUGGAGAAUUUGAAGAAGGAGGCAGCGGAGGUGACCAGGAAGGUGGAGGAGACGGACAUCGUCAUGGCCGAGGUGGAGGCCGUGUCCCAGCAGUACCUGUCUCUGUCCUCCGCCUGCAGCAGCAUCUACUUCACCAUGGAGGCUCUCAACCAGAUGCACUUCCUGUAUCAGUACUCGCUUCACUUCUUCCUGGACACGUACCACACCGUGCUGUACGAGAACCCCAACCUCAAGAGCAUCACCGACCACUCCCAGAGACUCGCCGUCAUCACAAAGGACCUCUUCCAGGUGGCUUUCAACAGAGUGGCCAGAGGCAUGCUGCACCAAGACCACAUCACCUUCUCCAUGCUGCUCGCUAAGAUCAGCCUGAAGGGCAUGACCAGCGAGCCGUCAUAUGAUGCAGAAUUCCAGCAUUUCCUUCGCGGGAAAGAGAUUGUCCUGACUGGCGUGUCGCUGCCCAAAGUGAAGGGUCUGACUACCGAUCAGUGUGAGGCCAUGGUGCGGCUCAGCCGCCUGCCGGCAUUCAAAGACCUGGUGUCCAAAGUUGAGGCUGACGAGCAAUUCUUCAUGUGGAUUGAGAGCAACACUCCAGACCUGGCAGUUCCGUACCUGUGGUCAGAGGAGAAGCAGUCCACUCCAAUCGGUCAGGCUGUGCACCAGCUGCUGCUGAUCCAGGCCUUCCGCCCCGACCGUCUGCUCGCCAUGUCGCACAUCUUAGUCUCAAAGGUGCUGGGAGAGAACUUCAUGAACAUCAUUGAGCAGCCUCUGGACCUGGCUAACAUCGUGGACAGCGAGGUGAAGCCAAGCACUCCGGUGCUGAUGUGCUCUGUUCCGGGAUACGACGCCAGCGGACUGGUCAGAGACCUCGCUGCAGAGCAGAACAAACAAAUCACAUCUAUCUCUAUUGGUUCGGCUGAAGGCUUCAAUAAGGCUGACAGAGACAUAAACACUGCAGUCAAGUCUGGCAGGUGGGUGAUGCUGGAGAACGUCCACCUGGCCCCUGGAUGGCUCAUGCAGCUGGAGAAGAAGCUUCACUCCAUGCAGCCUCACGCCAGCUUCAGGCUUUUCCUCACUAUGGAGAUCAACCCCAAGGUGCCUGUGAAUCUGCUCCGUGCUGGUCGUAUCUUCGUGUUCGAGCCUCCUCCUGGUGUCAAGGCCAACAUGCUGAGGACCUUCAGCAGCAUCCCUGUGUCUCGCAUGUGCAAGGCCCCCAACGAACGUGCACGCCUUUAUUUCCUGCUGGCUUGGUUCCACGCCGUCAUCCAGGAGCGUCUGCGCUACGCACCGCUCGGCUGGUCCAAGAAGUACGAGUUCGGGGAGUCUGACCUCCGAUCUGCUUGUGACACCGUCGACACCUGGCUGGACGACACCGCUAAGGGCCGUCAGAACAUCGCGCCAGACAAGAUCCCCUGGGCCGCUCUGAAGACGCUCAUGGCUCAGUCCAUCUACGGAGGCCGCAUCGACAACGAGUUCGACCAGCGGCUGCUCAACACCUUCCUGGAUCGCAUCUUCACCAAGGGAAGCUUCGACAGCGAGUUCAAACUGGCUCUCAAGGUCGACGGGCACAAGGACAUCAAGAUGCCGGACGGCAUUCGACGGGAGGAGUUCAUGCACUGGGUGGAGAUGCUUCCCGACACUCAGACGCCAUCUUGGCUGGGUCUGCCCAGCAAUGCAGAGAAGGUGUUGCUCACCACUCAGGGCACUGACAUGAUGGGUAAGAUGCUGAAAAUGCAGAUGUUGGAGGAUGAGGAUGACCUUGCCUACGAGACGGAGAAGAAGGAGCGCACCUCGUCCACCUCCGACGCCCAGCCGGCGUGGAUGCGCACCCUCCACACCACCGCCUGCAACUGGCUGCAGCUGAUGCCGCAAACGGUCAACCCGCUCAAACGCACCGUGGAGAACAUCAAGGAUCCACUCUUCCGGUUCUUCGAGCGCGAGGUGAAGAUGGGCGGCAAGAUGCUCCAGGAGGUCCGUCAGGACCUGUCCGACGUGGUGUCGGUGUGCGAGGGCAAGAAGAAGCAGACCAACUACCUGCGCACGCUCAUCAGCGACCUCGUGAAAGGAAUCCUUCCCCGCAGCUGGUGUCGGUACACCGUCCCAACCUCCAUGACCGUGAUCCAGUGGGUGGCCGACUUCAGCGAGCGCAUCAAACAGCUGCAGCAGAUCUCCCAGGGCGCCGCCAGCGGGGGCGCAAAGGAACUGAAGAACAUCCAUGUGUGCCUGGGCAGUCUGUUCGUGCCCGAGGCGUACAUCACCGCCACCCGCCAGUACGUGGCUCAGGCCAACAGCUGGUCUCUGGAGGAGCUGUGCCUCGAGGUCAAUGUCACCACGGCUCAGGGCGCCGCUCUGGACGCCUGCAGCUUCGGCAUCAAAGGGCUGAAACUGCAGGGAGCCACUUGUGCCAACAACAAGCUGUCUCUGUCCACCUCCAUCUCCACCGAGCUGCCGCUGACUCAGCUCCGCUGGAUCAAGCAGAGCAACGCUGAGAAGAGACACAUGGUCACCCUCCCCGUGUACCUGAACUUCACCAGGUCCGAUCUCAUCUUCACCGUCGACUUCGACAUCGCCACCAAGGAGGAUCCCCACAGCUUCUACGAGCGUGGAGUCGCUGUUCUGUGCACAGAGUAAAACACAUUUAGUCAUUCCUGUAGGCAAAAACGUGUCGGCUAUAAUCGGACACACACUUAAUCACUUACUCAUAACUGAAGUUUUAGAAGUAGUUGUAGCGUGUUGCAUUCCAGUAUA